CCAUUUAAGCCUGUGUGCCGCUGACACUUGGACACGCGUACGUUGCGCGCGCGUAUUGCCGAUAGCCCCGCAGCCAAAGGGCUUAGCCGAUCGCAGAAAAAAACGUGCUCAUUAAAAUCUCGUCUGCAGACCUCCACUGGUCGCGCGCAUUACUCCCGGUGCCGCUGAGCCAGCUCACAUACGCGCACAGGAUAUUGAGUGGCUCUGCUCAGCAGCCCACAAUGGAACCGAACCCGAGUCUCUAACGGUUCUUAGGAUAGACACGUAGCUAGGGAUCACGGGUUGGUUUGGCGGGGGGAUCACGGAAACAUGGCGAUAACAAGCAAGAUCUGAACUUUGAGGAUCAGCUUUUGGAAUAGCCCCCAUCGACAACCUCCGAUUUUACCGGCGAAGUAUCAUUUGCCCACGGUUAAAUUAAACGGAUCGUAUCCGUUUCAGUCUGCAUCAGCGGCGUGUCUGUGGAAGCGUUCAGGGCUCGGUCAUGGCUCGCGCUGUCGCUCGGUUGGGGUUCUGGCAAUUGCUGAUGACCAUCUCUAUGGUCACCAUUCCGCUCGCAGCUCACGGGAAACAUACGUUGGCCGGAGUGGGCAGGCGACAUCAUCACCGCAACCACUCCUCCCAUGUCGGCCACGAGCCCCUCAACACCCGCAUGGUUCUCAGCGACGACUCGGCAGAACGGGACCACCUGAUUGGAGCAGGGUAUGGCCUGGGGCGGGGCUUCCGCUCAGCAGCAGCCGCCAUCACCGCGCACACAAGCGCCUCCACUUGGAUUUCUCUCACGAGGACCAGCAUCUUGGCGGCGGCGGCGGGGAGGAGCUUACCGCCGGUGGGGCGGGGCCAGACCAGCCCGGUAACCCCGCCUCCGACGACGUCAUCACCGUGGAGUUCCACAGCCCCGCCCCGGACACGGCCCCCUCCGAGUGGCCCCGGGCCUCGGAGCCCCAGCGGCAGAAGGGGGCCAGCCCCACGGCGUGGACGCUGGCCGACUUCUACGACUACCUGUCGCCCGACGACGACCUCUCGGCCUUGGACGCCACUGCCGUCCCCGAGCCCUCGCCUUCGCCGCCCGCCGACAUGGACGACGAGAACCCCCGGCUGCCCGCCGCUCCCGUCGUCCCCCAGAAGGUGAAGCCCCUGGCGGGGGCCGGUCGGCCCUCCGCGCCCGUACCCCCCCUGCGGGGAGGGCCGGGGCCGGGGAGGGGCCGGGGCCAGGUGGCGGGGGGUCCCGUGGGCACGGCCGGGGGCGACGGAGGGUGCCGGCUGGGCUUUGUGAGCUCCAGGCCGGGCGUGUGCACGUCGCAGUGCGACGCCCAGCCCGACUUCUGCUACAACGGGGGCGUGUGCACCGUGGUGGCCGGGACGGGCGCCUUCUGCAGGUGUAACGUCCAGGAGUACAUCUGGAACAAGGGCACGCGUUGUGAUUGGUCCAUCACAGAGUUCCAGGUGAUGUGCGUGGUGAUUGGUGGGGCCUCCUUGGUGCUCAUCAUCCUCUUCAUGAUCGUUGUCUUCUUCGCAAAGAAGCUGCACCAGCUGAAGAACGAGAACAGGCGGCUGAGGAAGCGCAGGUGUGUAGGGUGGAAGGCCGUCCAGGCCACUGGCGAUGGACUUCUGAGUAAGUACCGCCCCCAGAGCACCGAGCCGCAGACGGACGGCAUGUCGGUCUCCACCACGGCGGACGGCUCGCAGCCAAAUGUAAGGAAACUGUGUGACACCCCCCCGCCCCCUCCCCCAGCCCACGCCCACAACCUGGCGUACUAUGACAACAUUAUCUGUCAGGAGGACCGCCAGAAGAAGGAGGAGCUAACCAAGACCCCAACCCCCAAAGAGGAGGAGUCCAUGAACAUCCGCAACUCUCACCCGUCGCCCCAAGCAAGAGAACAACCGCCAGUUAGUGUGGAGCAGGAGCGCGGCCCCGCCCUCGGCAACUCAGAGGAGAGCAUGGAGGGCGGAGUCACCAUUGGUCUGGAGCUGCUCCUCCCCCAGGAGGCGGGGCUCCGCCCGGAGACCAGCCCUCCCCUCGAAUACGAGGUCUUCCUCUACAAGCUCCCCGCCAACGGGGAGCCCCAUCGUCGCCAAAGCACCCCAAGUCCCCUAAAUCCCCCAGAACCCCCAAGUCCCCUAAAUCUCCAGAACCCCCAAGUCCCCUAAAUCCCCAGAACCCCCAAGUCCCCUAAAUCCCCCAGAACCCCCAAGUCCCCUAAAUCCCCCAAGUCUCCGGGAUCGGCCCAACACCUCCCGGAGUACCCCGGCAGCGUGGGCGGGACCACAGUGGGUCUCCACCCCUCUCCGGGACGCCCCCACCCAUCCGGACCCCAAGUGUCUCCCGGGCGCCACUCUGU